CAAUCUCUCUCUCUCUCUCUCUCUCACUCUCAAUCCAUUUUUUCAGGUUAAUGAUCUCAGGAAAGUUAAAUUUAUGGACCCAGAAAUGAAAUCUGCAGUUUCUUCAUCUUCAUCUUCUUCAAAAGCACUGCCAGAUUUCAAGCAGUCUGUGAAAUUGAAGUAUGUGAAAUUAGGUUACCAUUAUCUGAUUACCCAUCUGAUGUAUUUAUGUUUAUCCCCACUGGUUGUACUCAUUGCUGCCCAGCUCUCCACAUUCUCCUUCAAAGAUCUCUAUCUCCUCUGGGAUCAUCUCAGAUUCAAUCUUGUCUCUGUCAUCAUCUGCUCCACCCUCCUCGUCUUCCUCUCCACCCUCUACUUCCUCACCCGUCCCCGCCCCGUCUACCUCGUCGACUUCUCUUGCUACAAACCGGACGACGCCCGGAAAUGCACCCGCCAGAUCUUCAUGGAGCGGUCCCGCUUGACGGGCUCGUUCUCGGACGAGAACCUCGAGUUCCAGAGGAAGAUUCUCGAACGGUCGGGUUUGGGCGAGUCGACGUACCUCCCGGACGCGGUUCUCAGGGUCCCGCCGAACCCGUGUAUGGCGGAGGCGAGGAAGGAGGCGGAGACGGUCAUGUUCGGUGCCAUUGAUGAGCUCUUGAAGAAGACUAGGGUGAACCCCAAGGACAUUGGGGUUUUGAUAGUGAAUUGUAGCUUGUUCAACCCGACGCCCUCGUUGUCCGCCAUGGUCGUGAACCACUACAAGCUCCGCGGGAACAUCGUGAGCUACAAUCUCGGCGGGAUGGGGUGUAGCGCGGGGUUGAUCUCCAUUGACCUCGCGAAGGACCUCCUCCAAGUCCACCCGAACACGUACGCGCUCGUGAUAAGCAUGGAGAACAUCACUCUCAACUGGUACUUCGGGAACGAGAAGUCGAUGCUCCUCCCGAACUGUCUGUUCCGGAUGGGCGGGUCCGCGGUUCUGCUCUCGAACAAGAACCGCGACCGGAGGCGGUCCAAGUACCAGCUCGUCCACACCGUCCGGACCCACAAGGGGUCGGACGACAAGUGCUUCGCGUGCAUCGCGCAGCUCGAGGACGGGGACGGGAAGGUCGGGGUGUCCCUCUCGAAGGAACUCAUGGCGGUCGCCGGGGACGCGCUCAAGACGAACAUCACGACCCUCGGCCCCCUCGUGUUGCCGAUGUCCGAGCAACUCCUCUUCCUCGCGACGCUCGUGGGGAGGAAGAUCUUGAAGGUGAAGAUAAAGCCGUACAUUCCAGACUUCAAGCUGGCGUUCGAGCACUUCUGCAUCCACGCCGGGGGGAGGGCGGUGCUCGACGAGCUGGAGAAGAACCUCCAGCUCUCCGAGUGGCACAUGGAGCCGUCGAGGAUGACGCUCUACAGAUUCGGGAACACGUCGAGCAGCUCGUUGUGGUACGAGCUGGCGUACUCAGAGUCGAAGGGGAGGAUGAGGAAGGGGGACAGGACUUGGCAAAUCGCGUUCGGCUCGGGGUUUAAGUGCAACAGCGCCGUGUGGAAGGCGCUGAGGACCAUAAACCCCGCGAACGAGAAGAAUCCGUGGAUGGACGAGAUCCACGGAUUCCCCGUUGAUGUCCCAAGAGUUUCCAAAUUGCAUUAGAUAUAUAUUUAUAUAUAUUUAUGUAUUACGGAGUAUUAUUCUUUCUUUCUCACUCUCUCUCUCUCUUUCUAUGACAUGGUUGUGAACAUUAUGGGGGCAUUGUAGGACCUUAAACUAUUUGGUGUUUAUGGAAGGGAGGACUAUGUUUAGUUUGUGUGUGUUUUUUAUAAUGACAUGUUGUGCAUUAUUUGGGGUAUGAUGGUUUUGAAUUAAAUUGACUCUCCCUAUUGUUGUUUAUUGAAUGAUGUUUGAGUUUGGGAAACUAACUGAGAAAGGGCAGUUUGGUUGGAUGG